AGAUGUGAAUCCAACUUAGUGCUAAGCGGUACUUCGUAGCAUGAUGUUCAUCCAAAACAAUCCAUAUGGAGGAUUACUGCUCUGCAGUUUUUUCGCCAUUUUCCAGUGCAUCUACGCCGAGGUGGGAAAACUGGUCUGCUUCUACGAUGCGAAGAGUUUUGAGCGUGAAGGCCCCGCCCAAAUGUCGCUGGCCGAACUGGAGCCCGCUCUACAGUUUUGCAACUUUCUGGUCUACGGCUAUGCGGGCAUUGAUGCCGAGACCUAUAAGAUCAGGAGUUUGGAUCCAUUGUUGACCAAUGAUCGCCAGCAUUAUCGCCACAUCACUGCUCUGCGCCAGAAGUAUCCGCAUGUCCGCUUCCUGCUGUCGGUGGGCGGCGAUCGGGAUGUGGACAGCGAGGGCGUGGCAGAUAGUGACAAGUAUCUGAGCUUACUGGAACAGCCGGAGCAUCGGAAAAGCUUCCAGGCGAGCGUACUGGCGGAGCUAAACAACCACGGCUUCGAUGGCAUCGAUCUCGCCUGGCAGUUCCCCAAAAAUAGGCCCAAACUUCGCCAGGGCGUGUUCAAGAGGGUGUGGGGUUCGUUUCGUGGCUGGUUCAGUUCCUCGUCGGUGGACGACAAGUCGGAGGAGCAUCGCCAGCAGUUUGCCACCCUUCUCGCAGAGCUGCAAGCCGAUCUGCGGCGGGCUGGCCAACUGCUAACCGUCAGCAUGCUGCCCCAUGUUUCAGCGGAACUCUUUAUUGAUGUUCCAUUGGUGCUGAGUAACGUGGACUUCGUCAACCUGGGCACCUACGACUUCCAGACACCGGAACGCGAUCCCGAAGUUGCAGAUCUGCCCGCACCACUGUAUGCCAUGUACGACCGGGAUCCCAGUCACAAUGUGCAGCACCAGGUGCAGUAUUGGCUGAACCGCACCUCCGCCAUCAGUGCCCACAAGCUGCACGUGGGCGUGACCAGUUACGGUCGCGCUUGGAAUAUGACUCGUCGUUCCGGCAUCACCGGCUAUCCACCGAUUCCGGCGGCAAAUGGAGCCGCACCGCCGGGUAGGCAAACGGUUACAUCCGGAUUGCUUAGCUGGCCGGAGAUUUGUGAUUUGCUGCAGCAGCAACCGCAGGAUCGCGAGGUGCCGCAUCUGCGCAAAGUGGGCGAUCCCACCAAGCGUUUUGGCAUCUACGCCUACCGGGCGGCGGAUGCUCGUGACGAGAAUGGCCUCUGGGUGGGCUACGAGGAUCCCAUGACGGCGGCCAUCAAGGCGGGCUAUGUGCAGGCGCAGGGAUUGGGCGGAGUGGCCUUCCAUGACCUGUCCAUGGAUGAUUUUCGUGGCCAAUGUGCUGGCGAAAAAUUCCCCAUUCUGCGUAGCAUUAAAUUUAAGCUAUAGAACCACUGGUCUUUGCAAUAAAAUUAAAAUUGUAAAAAAUUGAAUUUAAAAUAGUAAAGUAUGCCCACU